AAUUGGUUUAAAAAUAGACGUCAAAGGGAUCGAGCAGCCACUCACAAACAUAAAAUGAGUGCAAAUAUGUUACCUGCCGGUCUUUCUCUAUCAGGCAAAUUAUCUUCUAGAAAAAAAGCAACAAAAAGUGGUUGUUCUUUUGAUGAUGAUGAACAAAAUAAUUUAACAAAAAAUUCAAUGGAUAUUGAUUCUAAUUCUGAAAAUUCUGAGAUAAUUUCUGAUGAAAAUUGUGGAGAUUCUUUAAUGUCGAGUUUGGAUGAAGAAAAUGAAUUAAAUGGGAGGGAGGAAGAAAAUGAUCAGAAAAAGGAAAAUCCUGUUAGAAAUGUUGGCUUUAAUGGAAUUGCUAAUUUACUCGGCCUUAUCCAUCAAAAUAAACAAGAACAACAACAACUGAAUAUCCCAGUAACUCCCUCCCCCUUUCCUCCUUUCCCUCCAAAUUUUUCUGCCAACGGAACACCUUUGCAUCCAAUGCAAAUAUUAAUGCUUAUGCAAUCAGCUGCAACACAACAUGCUUUAUUCCAACAAAGACAACAACAAGCACAACAAGUAUUGAGCCAAAAUGAGACUUCCUCUUCAACAUCAGAACAUUCUCCAACCUCCAUCAAUUCUUCCCCAAUCCAAAAAAUGAUAGAAAACAAUGGAAACAAAUUGGGAAAGAAACCUCAUCAGAAAAAGAAAUCAGGAAAUGGACCAAAAACAAAACCAUUUAAAUUAUCUAUCGAUCAAAUUUUAGGCCAAAAGACUUCCGGAAUUUUAUAA